UAUCUGCUGGAUAAUUUAUAAAGUUAUAAUAUACCAGUGUUGUGCUUUAUAACUUGUUUGAACACGCCUAGGCAAGGCCGGAUUAGUACCUCCAGGGGCCCCUGGGCACUGAGAGCUCAGGGCCCCUCAACCCACGUACCAACACGCCUACCCAACAUGACCAAUAUUUUAAUUUUUCAUUCAAUCUGGCAUGUCAAUCGCACACCUAUUUGUCAAAAGCAGGGACGCAGCUACACAGUUCAACCAAAGUAGGACUAGCCUUUUGCCCUUUCAGUCAAAAAUCACAAGACAAAGAUACAAUGGAUAAGAUCUCAAGACAGUGUAUGGCUCAGGAAGACCUAGAGAAUAUCACUCAAAACCUGAGAGCAGCACCCCACUUGAGAGAGAGAGAGAGAGUGUGAGUUUUUUCUUCUCUCUUGUCACUGAGGGCCCUCUCUUGCUCAAGGGUCCCUGGCAUGUGCCCAUAUGGUUAAUCCGGCCUUGCGCCUAGGAAGUGAUACGGGCAGCGAGUGUGUGGGAGCCUAUCAGCAGAGCAGCCAAGUCCAGUCAAGUUGAGUGGAGGGCAGCACUUUCAGUAAGCCCAGAGAGGAAGAUGUGUCAGUCACAAACCAACUGGUUAAAACAAGACAAAACACAGCACCGGUCCUGUCUGCAGCCUCUCUGGUUCCUCCUCUCAACACCUCCCUGGAUCUUAGUUCUUAGAGAUGCUGAGGAGGCCGUGGAGGGACGAGCCACAUGCUGAUGAGUGAAUGAAAAAAGGACGGAACGAAGGAAAAACAAACAAAGAAGGAGAUAAAUCCAGCGGAGGACAAAAGGAAACAUAAGGGAGUUGAAGUUGUGAAGCUCCAUGAAAGAGGAGAAACGAGUCCAAUCAGGGAGUGUAACACACAAAGUCCUGAGAGACACAGAGAGGAUUGGAAGUGAAGGAGAGGAAGACGAGCAGGACAGAGACGCUUGAAGCUGGGGAGAGGGACGGGCUGAGGUAGGAAAGAAACUUCUGGAUGGUCUCCACAGCAACACCCAGCUGGUUACCCCCCCUCCGAAAAUGGCCUCCAACUUCAACGACAUCGUCAAGCAGGGCUACGUUCGCAUGCGCAGCCGCAAGCUGGGGAUCUAUCGACGCUGCUGGCUGGUGUUCAAGAAGUCAUCGAGCAAAGGACCUCGUCGUCUGGAGAAAUACCCUGAUGAGAAGUCUGCCUACAUCAGAGCCUUCCCCAAGGUGACAGAGAUAAGCAAUGUCAAGAAUAUCACAAGGUUGCCUCGAGAUACCAAGAGACAGGCAGUGGCCAUUGUGUUCACAGACGACACCUCUCGCACCUUUACCUGUGAAUCAGAGCUGGAAGCAGAGGACUGGUUUAAGACCCUGUCUAUAGAGUGUCUGGGCACCCGUCUGAAUGACAUCAGUCUGGGGGAGCCUGACCUCCUGGCAGCUGGAGUGCAGUGUGAACACACAGAGCGCUUCAACGUGUUCCUCCUCCCCUGCCCCAACCUGGACAUCUAUGGGGAGUGCAUGAUGCAGAUCACCCACGAGAACAUCUACCUGUGGGACAUCCACAACCCCCGCACCAAGCUGGUCACCUGGCCGCUGUGCUCGCUGCGGCGCUAUGGCCGCGACGCCACGCGCUUCACCUUUGAGGCUGGAAGGAUGUGUGACAGCGGGGAAGGCCUCUACACCUUCCAGACCAGAGAGGGGGAGCAGAUCUACCAGAGGGUCCACUCCUCUACACUGACUAUAGCUGAGCAGCACAAGAAGGUCCUGCUGGAAAUAGAGAAAAACAGCAGGUUGCUGUCUGUGGGUUCAGAGCCGGGCUCCUACCCCUGCACCCCCACAGCCAUCCUGCCCCGCUCCGUCUACUGGCACCACAUCACUGGAAACCAGGCAGGCAUGGAUCCUUGCAGCGGAGAUGCUUCAGAGGACGACCUGCUGUCCUCCUGCCUGCCCCCCGACCGCCAUGCCACGCUGCCGCUGGCCAACACACAUGCACAGUCACAGCCACACAUACACACACACUCCCCGGCACACUACCCCACCUACCCUGGACAGUGACACACACAGGAAGAUGUGGACAUUCCAAAUGAUGCAGACACGAUACAUAUACCUACAUGCAUGCAGGCGCACACUGUUCCUCCUUGUAUUAGUUUUAUAGUCGGUCUCACCUCACAGGAGAGGUUUCUGUGGGACUAACACUAGCUAACAGACAAUGCUGAAAGCAGCGAGUACUUGAGAAUACUGAGCUUCCUGACAUGACCGCAGUUCCCACAAUUCCACAGUACACCAGGGAUGUUUUUUCCACCUCCAGGAUGAGAAACUCUAAAUGAAGGACUGAGGGCCCUAAGUAUGAUUUAAACAACUUAGGUUUUAUUAUAUAUUGCCUAACCAGGUUUAAUUGUUUCCAAAGUCACCCAUAAAUGCGGGGGAAAGUCUUGAAGAGCAAUUAGCAGGAUCUGUUACUGAAUUUAUACUACAUGUUUUUGCUCAAAUUAUUUCUCUCUCUCUCGCAAAAACUGGUCCCUCACCAAGACACCUGCCACCUGUAGUGUAUAAAAAGAAAUGGGAAUUUUUGUAAAGGAAAUGCUCAAUUUAAAUCAAAGUAAUCAUCACAUAUUUAUAACUUAUUAAUAUUGGAUCACUAACACACUAAAGUUUGGAGAAUUUGCGUCAGUUACUAUGAGUGAAGCCUAGUGCAACACAAAGAACGACUUUGAGGAAAACUCUAAAGUGUGCAUCAACUCUAUAGUUUGUAUAAUCGACAGCGUCGAGACUUCAGGGAGGGGGUUUUCACCCCGCCCCCGCGUGUGGCCAUGUGGAACAGAUAUGUAUACUUAUUUGAUGACACAUCACAGAUCAUUUUAGGCAUAUUAAAGCUUUUACAAACAAAGCCACAGUAACUUGUUACCAAGCUAUAUGGAUAGAUUUUAGAGAGGAACCUGAAAUUCCAACGUUUUUGAUAUGGUGCGUAUACAGUAAAGUAGACAUACUGUUAUCUGAUGUUGUAGCAUGAGUUUCUCAUCCCAGGAGUGACACAUUUACCAAAUGGCUGCCAUGGGGUUAACGUCAAUAGGGCCUGGUUGUGUUACAUUGAAUACUACGUGGGACGGGAUUGCAUGGUGCCUUAAUAGCACCACAUGGACUGUGCUAUCCUUGGAAAUACAUUGACAUUCCCUUAUGGAAAGUUCCCAGUGUGCCAGCUGACAUGUGGUCUGAAGAACUCUUGAUUAUUUCACUGUCCACGUCUGGAUCAAUACCUCUGAAUUUGCUGAUAACUGAUGUUACUUUACAGUUCCUGGAUAUGUUUUGCUUUGCUGAGGUUCUGAACCUUGGAAUGAAACUGUGAUUGAUUGGCGCCUGUUCUCAACUGGAUAUUCAAUUUUAGAGCUUCAGAUUUUCACUGGGGUGUGUCCCAGUACUUGCUUCUAUUGAGCUAUAUUUGCACAACCCUUUUUUUAUUAUGUUAUUCAAGGGUUAAGAGUGCAAGAGGAACUAACAUUGUCGAGGUCAACGGAUUGGGAUUUUGGAAAGCCCAUACUGAUGAUACAUUUGGAUUGGACCUGCCAAUAACUGAUAUUCAGUAACUUAUGAUCCCGUGAAUGACAGAUCAGAAAUGUUUGUAUGUAUUUAUUACUAGAGCUACAAAACACUAAACACUGAAAUGGAAAACUGAA